AUGCUCAGACGAAUCUUCACCAUCGUGCCCUUGAUCCUCCUCUUGGGCUCGACAUUGCUUCUUGUUUUCAUGAACAUUGUGGGUGCCAACAACUCAUCUAUUCUUGGUGACUUCUACUGGUCUGAAGCCGAAACCAGCUCCAUCUCCAAGGCCAACUUUCCAAAGACAAGAUGGACUUCUUACAAUAUGUGUGGAGUCAAAGACGGUCGCAAUUCCAACUGUUUGUCGGCUGCUCCAGCUUACCCUUUCUCGCCUCAAGACAACUUUUCCACCAAACAGGGCAUUCCAAAGUCGUUUGUUUCUCAUAGAGACACCUACUACUACUUGACUCGGUUCUCAUAUGUGUUCUUCCUUAUUGGUAUUUUCUUCACCGUGGUGGCAUUGAUUCCCGUUGCGCUUUCGAUUUGUCUUUCUGGCUUCGUUUCCGGAAUUCUUUCGUCAUUGGCCGUUGGUCUUGCCUUAUUGUUCGUGGCAGCCGGUGCAUCAGUGAUGACUGCUGCUCACGUUAAGGGAAGAAAUGCGUUCAGAGACGCAGGAAUGUCUGCAAACCUCGGCGUCAAGAUGUUUGCCAUUACUUGGGCAGCAGUAGCUUGCUUGCUUUUGAGUUUUAUUUUCAUGUGUGUGGUGAGUGGAACAGCUGGUGCUCGCAAAGUGCAAAAGAGAACAGAACCUUAUGAAGACAAGCCAGCACGCUCUACUUCGUCUUCGUCUUUUGACCGUACGGCAGUAGAGCCCUACGGCUCACAGCAGGCUCAGCCAAAGCACUUUUUCAAGUUUCGCCGUAACGAAGUUUAG